CAUCGGCUCCUCGAACCCGCAGAAAAUCCAAAAAAAAUUGCGUGUUUUACGACAGGCAAAUUUUUUCUUCCAUAUUUUUUUUUAUUUUCCCAGCGCUCACCUGUAGGGGGAAGGGGCACACUCUUUUUAUUACUCCCCAAUUGGUCACUGCGUAUUUUAACGUAAGGGCCAACUUUGCUACGUCGAAGGGACGCACAAUUUGGCAACCCUGGCAUAGGAGCGGCACAUCAAGGAGGGCAAAUCCCCCGAUAUAGCUUUUAUGCCUGUGCGAAAAGAUACUCGUAAAGUUUUACAAACAAGCGUAAGAUAUACACCUUUCCCGUGAACCCUAAAAUGGAACAGUUCAUAGCGCCGAGAGUCAACAAAAAAUACCUGAACAAAUUUUACAACAAGAAUGUGCGAAUAGUGGGCAAGGUUUUAAAGAAGGAAGGAGGGGAGCUGACUCUGCAAACGUGCGAUAAUGAAGAAAUAAAAUGCUUUUUGAGUGAAAGCCAAGGGGAAGACAAGUUAGAUCAGUAUGUCGAAGUUUUAGGGAAGGUGAACGAAGAUGACACGUUAAGCGAUAUAGUGUACGUACAGAAUGGAGGAAAUUCUUUAAAUUUAAAUGAAAUAAAUAAUUUAAUAAACUUAACCUUUCUCGAAGAAUUUGGGGAAAUCUUUUAAUUGCCUCUAACGAAAGGAGUUAUUUUGUGUACGCCUUGGGCCUGCAUGUUGCGGGCAUUACACAGUGGGGUUUUGAAUAACACCCUUUUAUGUUUUUAUUUUUCGCAGUAGAAGUUUCUUUUUUUGAGAUACUACUGCUAUUUCGCGGGAAAUUUACCUUUUUUUUUUUUCCUUUUCCGCGAAAUGUUUUCAUAUCAGUUCGAUGGGAUUUCUCCCAUUGCCUGUAAAUUUUACGUUGCCUUUUUCCUGCUUCUUUUUGAAUGCAUAAAGGCGUUUGUACUAUAAAGCGAACAGCGACGUUAUUUCUUUUUUUUUGCCACAAUUAAACUGAAUUAAAUUAGCAAACA